UUACCGUCCGAUUUGUUACAAGACGUUUCAUCUGGGAAUAUGACCCAACAUUAGAAAUGAUCUACAGACAUCGAGGGUUCUUUACAGAGGAGUUAGCGCCAGUCGAUUUUGAAAUUCUAGACACUGCAGGACAGGAAGACAAGACGGAAGAGAAGAUGCGAUGGGCCGAUGCCUUCAUUAUCAUGUACUCCAUCGCUGACCGAUGUAGCUUCGACGAGGUCAUGCGGCUCAAAUUCCUCUGCUCGAGAGCGACGUCAAAACGGUCGCACGAGCCCGCCAUCCUCAUCGUCGGCAACAAGCGCGAUCUCGAGUACGACCGCAUCGUCGAAUACGACGAAGGCGAGGAGCUCGCCCGGAGUCUCGGCUGCGCCUUCCUGGAAGUCUCCGUUCGCGAGUCCUACGACGAGGUCUACGGUGCCUUCGAAAAGCUCAUGAGCGAGUACCGGGUACGAAAGCGGACGGGCUCCUCGACGAUGACGCAGAAGUUUUCGCUGCGGAAAAAGAACAGUGUUUCCAAGAUGGACUUGGACAACUGUCCGCCGCGGCCGAGGGAACGGUCGACGAGCUUCGUGACGCCCAUGGGACUGCUGAAUCGAAAAUUUGAACAUUCGCUAAUGGAUAAUCUUUCAGAUCACGAAGGGGGAGAAUGAGCGUGAAACGCGGUUAUGAACGAUCAAAUUCGCUGCGGUUUACACGUCAGGUGCGGUAUGAGAAGUGACGUACACAUGUAGAGUGUAUGAUAUGAACCGGUUGUAACCGCGUACCAUGGCGUUGAACGCUAACACCAAUGGUGUAAAACAAAACAGAAUAGCUUAUUCACUUGAUUACCAACGUCGGAUCACAUACUGCGGUUGGGAACGGCGUAAACGCGGUUGAGAAUUGUGUGACCGCGCUUUUUGCAAUAUGGUUUUCAAUGCCUUUGGCGUUUUCUGUUUAUAUAUAUAAGUGACCUUCGUAUUGAACUGCAAUCACGUGAUACGAGUAAAAGGGACCAAUAUGCUGUUGAUUUUUAUCUGCCUUGUAUUAUUCAAGACGAAUAUCAUGAAUGAGGUUUCAUUUUCAUUUUCAUUGCAGUGUACGGAAAAGAAAAAUUCAAUGAACACCCGUUUAAUGGUACAGGAUGCAGAUUCAACGAUUCAAAAUUGAGACAAAAAGAUUGAGUAAUAUUUUUCUCACUCUUUUCAGCAUGAUCGGAAAGACUUCCGAAAAUAUUAAGUCAAGUGCAGUUUGAAUACCCCAUUCAACAUCCCAUAGAUAUCCUGUUUGGUUAUAAAUUAAUAGGCAUUACGUCAUUGUGAUGUUCGCACAUUCCAAUCGGUGAUGGUCAUGGUUAUUCAAAUGUCUUUUUAAUCAUGUUUUUUUUUUCUUCUUCUAAUUUUUCACGACUGUUGGGCAACUUGUCAGCAUUUUUCUUGUGUCCACAACCCCCUCCCCCAUCCAUCAUUCAACAUACGAUAUCCCCGCCUACUAUUAGUAAUCAUAAUUAUAGUUAUCAUCUCUGGUUCGCCAGCUGUGACAUUUUACGCCUCUUCUAUUUUGUCAUAUUCAUUUCACUAUACCGCGAGAAAAACACGAUAUUUAUUUCUCUCCCCUAAUUGAAAAUCAAAGGACAUUCGUCGAGUUUUUACAUGGUAUUUUGUUCUUACGUUACAUGAAUUCAAACAUGGGAAAACCCCUGAUGAAUCAGGGGCGAUAUUUUGAGGGGGCGAUUUCACACAGAAACAGGGUUGUUUUGUGCUCAUUUAGGGAGCCAUCUGUUUAUUACGUUUACUAUUCCUAUAGUUGUCUUUUAUCUGUUAUGGUCCUAAAACGUUAUAAUGCACAAUUACUCUUAUUACCCACACAAUCAAGCUUUCGAAAAUAAAAAUUAAAAAAAUCCAAAACACAUUCCAUUUUAACAUGCAAAGGGAAUCAGUAGACAACAGUAUAGGCCUAUACCUUGAAAAGAGCACCCCCCCC